GAAAGUGCAUGCAACGCAUUCCCAACGCACACUCAAACCUCGAGAACAGUUGUUAACGAGCCUCGUAACGAGCGACACGACGCAACCAUCUUUCGCAGACGGCGAUACGCUUCUUAAGGGAGACUCGCAGAAGAAGACCGAAAGCCGAAAAUGGGAACGAUCUCUCGCGAGGAAAAAGAGCGACUGUAUAGCCCGAGCGAGUGGAGCAAGCGGUAUAAAGCUGAGGAGCUGGUAGAGCGAUUCUGGAAAUUCUGCAAGGAAGUUACGGAAAAGGCUAGGAAAACCACCAAGUGCGAACUUAAUGUGCCAUAUGGCGCGACGGAACGUACGAAGUACGACGUUUACGGCACCGAUUUGCCUAAAGACGCGCCGAUACUCGUCUUCGUCCAUGGUGGAUACUGGCAGGAAUUCAGCAAAGACCUCGCCGGAUUCGUGGUGCCACUGUUCGUUAAAAACAGGAUUAAAGUGAUAACAGUUGGAUACGACUUGUGUCCGGACGUCAAAAUAGGGGAUAUCGUGGCGGAGAUCAAGUCGGCGGUCGCGCAAAUACUGAAAUAUGCAGCUGAUUCCGGUUGCAAGUCCGUCUGUGUCAGCGGACACAGCGCCGGGGCGCACUUGGUAGCAUGCCUUUUGCACGACGACGACUGGAUCCAACGCAUGACGCAACAAGGGUACUUCCCGCUGCUGAAGAGGCUCGUCCUGAUAUCCGGACUUUACGACAUAAAACCUCUCGUCGGUGUCAGCCAUGCGGCCGCCCUCGAUCUUACCGACGAGGUGGUCGAGAAGUUAAGCAUGUGCUGCUUCGAUGAGCCGAAGGAGCGCCGCAUUCGCGGCUUGAAAGUUAUCGUGACCGUGGGGGAUUGUGAUUCACCGGCAUUCAUGGAUCAAUCGCGCCAAUACGCUCAGAAAAUCAUCUCACUAGUGGACAACGUGGAGUAUCUCCUGCUUCCGGAUAUCGAUCACUUCGAUAUCGUGGAGAAUCUCCUGGAUCCCAACUACGCUCUGGCCAAGUUGUUACUGAACUGUUCGCAGCCGGACGCUCGUUCGUCGAAUGCGACGAAGUGAAUACGAGGGAAACCGUUCGUCGCUCCUGCGUCGCGCCAACGUCUCUUUUAGACAAUACGCAUGUGCUUGUAUUCUUCUUUUUGAAAAAAGUUUAUUAUAAGGAUUGUGUUACAUAUAUACAUAUAUAUAUUUAUUAUACGUACGUACAUACAUACAUAUAGAAAUAUAUAUAUAUGUAUAUACACGCGUACAUAGAUCUUGAAGAGAAAAGUAUCACUUAA